UUCAGAGUUGGACAGCACCGCAGGCACAGUGCUGUUGGCGCUGUUAGCAAAUCGCACUUGCUUCAUUGGGUGCUCCUGGCCACUGCUCACAUUGUUCAGCUGCUGAUUGUGGCAUGGCAUCCUGAGCACGAGAUCAAGGGGUUUUCUCUUAAAACUAUGCUAAAGCCAGAUGGCGUUUCUUGACCUAGAGACCCACUUAACUGGCGGUUUAGGUUACCUUGACAAAGACGACAACGUGUUCUUCCUUUGGCUGCGACUUGUGUUUUUAAGUGAGGUUCUCCGAUUCACGCAGCUACAGCAUAUCAACUGCCAAUUAGGACCACAUCCACAAACCGUUAGACAACAAAUAACGUCGUGUUAUGAAGAAACUAGCGGCUGAUAUCUCAUUAAAAAUGUAGCACGCUUGCUAGCUUUGACAGCGUUGAUGAAGACCGGAUGUGACGUCCCCGGCGUGUUGACUAACCGCCUUCCUCCUUCGUCAACAUGGCGCCGAUGUUGGUACAGCUGAAAUGCGGCUUACACUUCCAAAGGCGAAAAUUAGCGCUUCUGCUCCGACAGACCAGCUCAUAUCACAUCUGGAAUAAGAGUCGCUUUGAAAAUGGGACUUACCAAAAACGCCAAAGUAAUUAUCAGCUGAGUUGCCCUCCACACCUACGAACAGCUACAUGGAGUACAAGCAGGACCGAAAACAGUCGCCGCAUUUUGGAGGCAGCAAAACAUUUGCAGAUUACAGACAAAAAAACAUGUUGGCACGGAAAUGCAGGAGGAAGAUUAACUUCAGAUCCAAAAAAUGUGCUGAAGGAGGUGAAUUCAGCCCAGAUCCUGUCUGCCAUGCUGUCUUAUGUGUGGCCGCAGAAUAGACCUGACCUGCGGGCUCGUGUUGCCAUCUCUCUGGGUCUACUCGCUGGAGCCAAGAUCACCAAUGUGAUGGUGCCCUUCAUGUUUAAGUAUGCAGUGGACGAGCUUAACCAGAUGUCGGGACACAUGCUGAACCUGAAUGACGCGCCAAGCACUGUGGCUACCAUGGCAACGGCGGUGCUGAUUGGCUAUGGCGUGUCACGGGCUUGUGCAGCCCUCUUCAACGAGCUGAGGAACACUGUGUUCGGCAAGGUGGCCCAGAGCUCCAUCCGACGCAUCGCCAAGAACGUCUUCCUCCACUUGCAUAAUCUGGAUCUGGGUUUCCAUCUCAGCCGCCAGACAGGAGCGCUGUCCAAGGCCAUUGACCGCGGCACACGGGGCAUCUCAUUUGUACUCAGUGCACUCGUCUUCAACCUAGGACCCACUGUCUUCGAGAUGGGCCUCGUCAGUGCCAUUUUGUAUUACAAGUGUGGCGGACAGUUUGCAGCAGUGGCCUUGGGUACCUUAUCAGCAUACACCCUCUUCACCAUUCUCCUCACUCAGUGGAGGACUCGUUUCCGGAUAGAAAUGAACAAAGCAGACAAUGAAGCCGGCAACGCAGCGAUCGACUCCCUCCUUAACUAUGAGACCGUUAAGUACUUCAACAAUGAGAAGUAUGAAGCUGAAAGGUACGAUGGAUACCUGAAGACCUACGAGUCAUCCUCUUUAAAAACCACGUCCUCGCUCGCUUUGCUCAACUUUGGCCAAAGUGCCAUCUUCAGUGUCGGCCUCACUGGCAUCAUGUUGCUGGCCAGCAAGGGCAUUGCAGCAGGUACAAUGACUGUCGGAGACCUGGUGAUGGUGAACGGUCUCCUUUUCCAGCUCUCCCUCCCCCUCAACUUCCUGGGUACAGUGUACAGGGAGACCAGGCAAGCCCUAAUAGACAUGAACACUCUUUUCACCCUGCUCAGCGUCGACACCAAGAUCAAGGAGAGGGAUCUCGCUCCGCCAUUAACCAUCGCACCGCAGGAGGCCACCAUCCGCUUUGAGGACGUCUAUUUUGAAUACCUAGAGGGCCAGAAAGUCUUAAACGGAGUGUCCUUCGAAGUGCCUGCUGGGAAGAAGGUGGCGAUAGUAGGUGGCAGCGGGUCAGGGAAGAGCACCAUUGUGCGGCUGUUGUUCCGCUUCUAUGAGCCCCAGCGGGGGAACAUCUACGUAGCGGGGCAGAAUAUCCGAGACGUCAGCCUUGACAGCCUGAGGAAGUCUUUGGGCGUCGUACCUCAGGAUGCCGUUCUGUUCCACAACACCAUCUUCUACAACCUGCAGUACGGCAACAUCAACGCUACACCAGAGGAGGUGUACCAAGUGGCGCGUCUAGCAGGCAUCCAUGAUGCUAUCCUCAGGAUGCCCCAUGGCUAUGACACCCAGGUUGGGGAGCGGGGCCUCAAGCUGUCAGGAGGGGAGAAGCAACGGGUCGCCAUCGCCCGCGCAAUACUUAAGAAUCCACCGAUCCUCCUGUAUGACGAAGCAACAUCCUCCCUCGACUCGAUCACAGAAGAGAACAUCCUGAGUUCAAUGAAGGGGAUGGUGAAGGACAGGACAACAGUGUUCAUCGCCCACAGGCUUUCUACAAUCGUAGAUGCGGACGAGAUUAUAGUGCUCAACGAGGGUAAAGUGGUAGAACGAGGUGACCACCACACCCUCCUCAGCAUCCCAGACAGCUUGUACUCAGACCUGUGGAACACCCAGAACAGCAAAAUCCUCAACAACAAAAAGAGCUCGUCAGAGCCUCCGGCUGAGCGCCUGUCCCAGAAGGAGGAGGAGAGGAGGAAAUUGCAGGAGGAGAUCCUUAACAGUGUUAAGGGCUGUGGGAACUGCUCCUGUUGAGAAAAGCUGCCACCUCCACGUCCCUUCAUCCCUCACAGAUGGCCUACGCUGGAAUCCGCUGGAGUCUGUGCAGCAUUGGAGAAGGAGCGGGGUAGGGGUACUUCCCCACUACCCACUCCCACUUCAGCCAAGCCCCCCACCCAUGUGACUAUUCCUCCUCCUACUCAUGUGAAUAAAGGCCACUGCUCGCCAAAGUGAAGGAGGAGGAGCAGAACAGGGAGCAAGUGUGUUUAGCACUGGCUGGUGUCCAGAGAUAGAGCUUCUAUGCCAGUUGCCUCAGCUGAAGCCAAACAUAAGAGACCUUGAAUAUCACAUACGUGUGUUUAAGACAUCUGUUAGUCAACAUGGUAGCCCCCCCCUCAUUUUUGACAUCAGGUUUAUUGACAUCUUCCAUUGCACUGGAAACAGAUGAGAGUACACGUAAUGACUUACAUAUGCCUUGAUGGUGACACUAAAUUUGUAUUGAUUAAAUUUUUUAAAAAUGAUUUUCAAAAUAAACUGAACCUAAAGUUUGCGUUUUUAUAUCAAGGAUGUGUACAUAUGACUUCAUUCUGCGAUUAAGUUAUCACAGUAAAAUACUUAAUUUCAGAGAAUAUUUUGCAGUAUGUGUUUACCUGAAGAACACUAUUUCAUAAAGUGGAUACUUCAUUAGGAUUCAGUCAUAAUGCACAUUUCCCAUGUCAGUUUUCCAUGCAUGUUCUAAAAAUAUCAAAUUUGGCAGAAAACCAAAUCUUCUAGACAAAUUACAACACAAUGUGGAUGUUUGGGACUCAUGGAUGUAAAAAAUGGCGCUCCAGUGAAUUAGCAGUACGUCACAGACACAUUCAUGUAAACAUAAAACUCUGAAAAAGACAGGAAGUGACUCUAAUAAAUCAUGAAUGGUUUUCACCGCAGUUGGAGCCACAUUAAGAGGCAACAACUUGAAAGCCUCCUCUGGGAACAUUUUGCAGUCAUAUCAUUUAGCGUUGGUUGAUGGGCCUCUUCUAAUGAAAAGUUGUUCAUAGAGUUUUAACAGUGCUAAGACAGCUUUUUGUAUUGUAUGAUCAGAAUAUAAAGACAGUACAUGUAUGUCCUCAUUUUCUGAGGGCUGUUUUGGCUGUGAUAUGCAGAUUUUGAUAGAAGUGUUGGUAUGGUAUCUAUAAAUGUUACAAAUAUUAGUCGGGUGUCUUGUACGAUACACACAAUGUGAAGCCUGUUUCAAAAUAUUCUAGAUUAUGUUGACUGUGUCAGUACACUGCAGACAGAUUAAUAAAUGUUUGCUUUUGUCUAAAUUA